GGGGUUAGAGUCUAAGUGGUGUGGAAUGGAAUCGUUCUGAUUGUGCACCUAUCACCAUGGUGGACUUGCAUAGUGGGAAGAGCAUUAGCCCCUACACCCAGGAGCAACAAGAGAAGAUGGCCGCCUUAGUGAGAGAAAAUAAGGAAAGGAAGUUGAAGGCGAUCACAGAGGAGCAGGCGGCAAAGAGGAAAAGAUCGGAGGAAGAGAUGAUGAGGAUUCAGCAGGAGGAGGACGAAAAGAGAAAGGCUGCCGAAGAGGAAGCAGCAGCAGAAGAAGAAAAAGAGAGAAGACAUAUAGAAGAGAGAGGAGAAAGUAGUGGCACGACAAAAGAGGAUGCCGCAAUGGAGAAAAAGAUCAAUGAGUGGAUAGCUAAUUUAUCGUUGGGGGAAGAUGAGGAGGCAAAGUUUUAUGUGCCCCAGGAUGAGAGGGAUGCGUUAGCCAGUGAGCUAGCGACAAUGGAGGACCCUCUGGAAUGGCGAGAAAGAGAAGAAGAGAAGAAGUUGGAGUGGAAACUGAGGAUGAAGAGGGAGAAGAAGAGGAGGAGGGACGAAGUCAAUAGGCUGACCGAGGAGGUGGCAAAAUGAGAGAUUGUAGACAGGAAAUGCAGGCGCAGACAGACAUGUCUGCCAAGAUGGAUAAAGUGUUGGGUUAUCU